AUGGUGACCUUGAAAGAAUUCUUGCAACAUGCCUCCAAUGAGCCUAAAUGGUUGUACGAGAAGCUCCAAGUAACCCACCAACGAUAUGAGGACCAUCUUGAUGAUCGUAAGGCCCGUCUUGCUGAAGAAGAGCUCCGAGGUCAAACCAAGGAUGGAGAAAUUGUGCUCCUGUGCCGUGAUAUGGAAGAGGUUAAGCAACAACUCACCGAGGUGAAGACCGAAUGUGAUGCAUUUGGAAGCCAUAUUGCCGACUGA